ACUUAGAAUUCUUGAAGCCUUUGGUAAACAUUAGAUAAGAUACUUUCCAUAUUUUCCUCCUCGGACAUGUUUGAGGGGGACGCCGCACAGACAGAACACCUGAAAAGUCUUUAGAAAUCCGGAUUUUUAGGAUGAAAGAUCGGGAUAAACAAGAUCAAAAUACGAGAGUGGAUAGAGAGUAUCCAAUGGUGCUUGUGGUAUAAAUAUCUCGUCUUUACGAAGAAAGUAGUUUUUUACUUUUCUAUUCAUAUUUUGGAACUCGGAGCUUCGGAUGAAAUCUUCAGUAACACCCUUCACUUUCGACGUUCACAUAGAACAGCUAAUAAAACUAAACCCAUUAGAAUAACAAUAAUAGUUUGCACUAGAAUGUAUAGCCACCUGACAUCUUUCCUCCAUUCAGCCUUCAGCUGCCGAGUUGUAGUUGGUAUAAACUUUAUUUGAAAAUGAAGAAAAGUUGUAGUUUUACUUGUAAUAAUGGAUAGACUAGUAAUUAGACGAAAGAUUGAAUCAUGAUUUAGUCAACAGUCUGAACACAGCCAUGGAACUUAUACUAUGACAGAAUCAAUCAGACUAACUUAUAUUGUACGAAUUUAUUAUGUACUUUCUAAGAACGAAAACUGUCUAGUUAUCAGGUUGUUGUAUCUCUCAACGUGCCAGUUAUCGUUCUUCAUCUCUCAGAAACACUGAAUGAUAGAUGUGAAAAACAUCGAGAACUCUACCAAUUUGAUCUCUUAGACAAAUUCAGAGCGUGUCUCAUUGCUGAUUUCAAAAGGUUCAAGUCUCGAGAGACCAAGCACGUAGUUGGUUUGUGAUUUUCUCCUCUGAGAUACGAUUUUAGCAAAAAUAAGGUUAGAUCUGUUAUCUCCGUUAAAUCUCGGAUCGAAUCAGGUAUGGUACAACUUGCAAAAACCGCCAUCAUAUUUUCAAUAUGGGAUGGAUCAAUUUAGGCCCAAAAAAUUUUAUUUUCAGGUUAUAGUUAAUCCACUUUCUACUACAACAUAUGUAAAAAGUUUAAACUAUUCCAGUUUCUUUUUCCCGUUUUCGUUUUCAUUUUGAUUUCCUUCGUAUCAGCAACACAAACUGUGUCCUUCAUCUACCACUCCUUAUCACGCAUGUUUGCUAUUCACCUUGUAUCAUAGUAGAAACAAACAUUUUUCUCGAAUAUGAGGUGGUAACUCGUCAUAGCUGAAUAAUUUGACUAGAUAGUGCGUAGGUAAUAAACUAAACCUAUAAAAAUGAGCAUAUAGCACUGUUUAUUCAACAUUCAUUCAUUUAUUUAUCUUCAACCGAACUCUUUUAGAAAACAAGAAAAAAUGUACGGUGGAGGCUAUGGUGGCUAUGGUGGUUACAAUACCAACGCUAUUUAUAAUGCAGCAGUGCAGGAAGCUGCUUCAGAUGCAUAUAUCAAUGCUACCGUGCCAGGAGGAGUGAACAGUCCCGUUGGCCAAAUAAUGGAUCAGAUGAUGGGUGGUAAUCCAAAUCCAACUGCUCAACAAAUGAUGAAUACAAUGGGUGGAGGAUACGGUUAUAACCCGUAUGGCAGCUAUAUGCCAUAA